AUGGAAAAGUACCUGCGCGAGUGGCGGCAGGAUGCCGUCAACAAGCACCAGUACGACACGGCCAUCUUCGUCGCCGACAAGCUGCUGGCCAUCACCGGCGACGACCAGGAUGCAUUCUGGCUGGCUCAGGUCCACUUCAGCACCGGCAACUACAACCGCACCCAGUCGCUGCUCGCCCGCGGGAAGCUCAGCGACCGCAAUCCGCAGUGCCGGUACCUGGCCGCCCACUGCUCCAUCAAGCUCGGCAAGAUCGAGGAGGCGCUGCAGACUCUCGGUGAGAAGAACCCGUCGCACCUCGUCUCGGUGGCUGGCAGCGGGAGUGCGCGGCAGAAGCUGCGCCAUGUCGACACCAACAGCCGCGCUGGCGCAAGGCAUAACAAGUCGGGUGCGCGCAACGAGCGGCUGCCCACAAGCGAGGAGCGCGAUCGCGAAGAGGUCGACAACAUCAAGUCCGAGGCGGGCAUGUGCUACCUGCGCGGUGUCUGCUAUGCCAAGCAGAACUCAUUCGACCGCGCCAAGGAGUGCUACAAGACGGCCGUCCAGAUCGACGUGCAGUGCUUCGAGGCCUUCGAUGCCCUCAUGGCCAACUCGCUCAUGUCCCCCAAAGAAGAGUGGACGUUCAUCGAAUCGCUCAACUUCGACUCCAUCACCGCUCCCGGUAACUCCUCCCUUUCUCAAGAAGCCGCCGAGUUUACAAAGAACCUCUACACCACCCGUCUCUCCAAGUAUGCAAAACCUGAAGAGUUCGCCAACGCCACAGACACACUCAGCACCCACUACCGCCUGGGCAGCAACCCAGACAUCCUCCUCUCCAAGGCCGAUCUCAUGUUCACACAAUGCCGCUUCCGCGAAGCGCUCGCCCUCACAUCGUCCGUCCUUGCCAAGGACCAGUACAACUUCUCGAUCCUGCCCCUGCACCUCGCCUCGCUCUACGAACUGUCCCAGACAAACGCGCUCUUCCUCCUCGCCCACGACCUCGCCGACACUAACCCCAACGAACCCGGCUCCUGGCUCGCUGUCGGCAUCUACUACCUCUCCACAAACCGCAUCGCCGAAGCCCGCCGCUACUUCUCCAAAGCCUCAAUGAUGGACCCGCACUUCGGCCCAGCCUGGAUAGGAUUCGCCCACACCUUCGCCGCCGAAGGCGAACACGACCAAGCCAUCUCCGCAUACAGUACCGCCGCACGCCUGUUCCAAGGAACCCACCUCCCCCAACUGUUCCUCGGCAUGCAAAACCUGCAGCUCAGCAACCUCUCCCUCGCACGCGAGUACCUCAGCACCGCCUACAGCCUGUGCGACACCGACCCGUUACUGUUGAACGAGAUGGGCGUCGUAGCAUUCCACUCAACCGACCUGUCCGCCGCCAUCAAGCUCUUCCAGAAAGCACUAGGCUACUCGCAGCAGAACGAAGCAGACCCAGACUCCAUCAUCCCCACACGGAUCAACCUCGCGCACGCGCUGCGCCGCGACGGCGCGCUCGAAGAAGCGCUGCGCGUCUUCGAAGAAGUCCUGCGCCACGGCGUCAAAGAUCCCGGCGUCUUCACCGCCAAAGGCCUCGUUCUGCUUGAAGCCGGCCGGAGCUGGGACGCCGUCACCGUGCUGCACGAAGCGCUCGCCGUCGCGCCGCAGGAUCCUAUGGCGACCGACCUUCUCAACAGGGCGCUGGAGGCGAACGAGACUGAUAGCGCGGUGUUUAUGCUGGAAGCUGCCCCGAGUCAAAAUGGGAUGGGGCUGAUUGAGGAUGAGGUCGAUGAUCCGGUGUUCGAGGAGGCGCUGAAGAGGAGGAAGAAUGCGCUGAGGGAUAUGGAGCCGAAUAGAGUCGCGGGCAGACGCGGGAGGCGGAGGCGAUAUGCGGCCGGAUUUGUGGAGGAGGAGAGUGACGUGGGGGAGAGUAUGGUCGUGGACUCUGAUGGAUGAGUGUGGUUACGAGCUCUUCAAGGCAUCUUUCUCGAGGCAUCU